UUGGUGCGUAAGGUAGGCAGCGCCCAACCGCACGUCGGUGGCAGGCAUCUGCGGCGAUACACAGGCAGGGUUAGCCCGCAUAUGCUACCCGUCUUAUGUCCAUCGCGACUUCAUAGACGUCUUCUCCCCGCUUCCCAGGAAGCACACGUCUGUACACGAUGUUCACCUUAUUCGACUUCUGCGCAUCUCUCGCCGCCCUCUUGGCGAGUGUCGCUCUCCUCGCCUACAGCUAUCCGAACAGAUGCAUCGGCACAGUGGAUCGACCCGACCUGCCAGGCCCGCGAGGUUUACCGCUGAUAGGAAACUUGCUGCUCGUCUUCCAGAACCGCAAUGGCAUGCUCAAGUUCUUGGACAACAUGGAAGCGACGUACGGCCCGCUGUUCACAUUCACGCUCCCGAGCUUGGGUCGCAAUAUCGUCAUCAAUAGGCCGGAAUGGCUGGAGCACAUGCGCAAGGGUGAUACGACCAUAUACGCCAAAGGCAAGGUCGUGCGAGAUGUUUUCAGUCAAUUCGCCGGGACAACCACGCCCAUAUCCACGGACGGGUCCGCCUGGAAGGAUGCUCGCAGAUUGGUGCAACCCAUAUUUGCCGCAAAAGCAGUCAAUACUCACGCCUCCAAGGCGAUGUGCGAGAUAGUUCCGACAGUCAGAACCUUGCUGAGAGCGGCGUGCCGCCAGAAUGUGGCUGUUGAUUGGAAAGAUCUCUCUGGACGACUGGCCUUAGGCAUCUUCUGCAAGAUGGCGUUCGAUGUGUCGACAGAUAUGCUCACCACUGAGCUGUCGUGUUUGAAGCUCACAAACGUCUUAUCGGACACGCUGACCACUCUGGGCGUGAUAACAGCCGACCGCCUAUUCAAUCCGGCUUGGAGAAUCACCGAACGGUUCGAUGGUACGCGGAGUCGGUUCGACGCAGCAAAAGCUCGAUUAUCCGCCAUCGUGGACGAUCUCAUCCGUGACCGCUCUCACCCUGGCGGCUUCGACGCGGAGGAGAGUACGGAUUAUCUCACAGCCCUGUUAGCGAGCACGGCGGAGCAAGAUCUAUCGUCGACACGCGAUACGCUGAUGACCUUGUUCUUCGCCGGACGAGAUAGCACGCAGAACGUCAUUUUGUGGGCUCUGUACGAACUCACACGCAGCCCGGGUUGGAUCUCACUCAUGAGGGAAGAGGUGGCAUCGCGGCCGCCCAAAGGCGCGGAAGGCAUCAUAACAUUCGGCGAACUGCAGGCUCCUCACGUUCAGAACUACCCGAUCCACCUGGCCGUUUUCUUCGAGACGCUCCGCCUCUGGCCUGGCCUGCCCAAGAAUGCACGUCUCGCUACAGAGGACGAUGUACUACCCGCGAUCCCCGAGAAGGGCCUGCCCGCGGUGAGAGUGAACAAGGGUGACUUCCUGCUCUGGUCGGAUAUGGCGAUGAUGCGUAACGAGGAUGUAUGGGGUCCCGAUGCAAAGGAAUUCAAUCCGCGUCGCCAUCUAGGCGAAGACGGCCGCUUCGUGAAACCCGACACUCCCCGCUUCCACAGUUUCGGGAGUGGGCCGAGGGCGUGCCCCGCCAUGCAACUCAUGACAUACGAGUUUACCGCCAUCUUUGCGGGACUUCUCUGUGACUUUGAUUUCAUACCUGUUCAUCCUGGUGUGAGGAAGUCCAUCGAUGCGCUCGCGCCAUUCAUGGAUGGUCCGUUCAUGGUUGAGGUCCACGACAAGGUCGUUCAGUAGAUGAAACGCGUGCCGUUCACUAGUGCAUUGAUUGCGUUGUCAGGUGUGUUGGUAUGUACAUACAGUGUCAACGUAUAGCAGAUGACAGACUUCAACAGGUAGCACCGCUGCAUAUUCUUGGAACUUCCGAGGCUCAGAGGAUGGAGGCGACAGACCCGCAUGGGGGAUACAGUAGGUUCAUCCGAUCUUGUGACCCCGUCGUGGGGUGUAUGCAAGCUAUUGGUUCGAAACGUACCCUGGAUGGAAGUAUGCACGCGGUUGGAGUGCUGUGGUAGCGUCGGCGUCUGUGCGCCGAGUCAGUGCUGUCUGUA